ACAUUUCUAACUGCGUCGGGGCAUCUACGUUGUGUGUGUGUGUGAAAGGGUUAGGAGAGUCUCGACAUGGCAGACGUUAUAACGCCUGAUGAGGAGCCUCAACUAGAAGAGUCUGCUGCUUCCGUCAAGUCCGAAACCGAUGAAACAUCUCAAGAAACCCCCAAUGGCAUGAAAACGGACAGUGAAGAAAACAAGACCACCAAAGAAAAACAUGAUUCUAAAGAUAAAUCCUCAAGCAGCAGAAGAGGAACCCGCUUUCACCCCUACAAGGAGAAACAUGGUGGGGAGAAGAAGAGCUCUCACAGGAACCGUGUGUUCAUCAGCAAUAUCCCCUACGACAUGAAAUGGCAGGCUAUUAAAGAUCUAAUGCGUGAGAAAGUUGGUGAGGUUACAUACGUGGAGCUCUUUAAGGAUGCAGAAGGAAAGUCAAGGGGUUGUGGUGUGGUGGAGUUCAAAGAUGAGGAGUUUGUGAAGAAGGCAGUGUCAACCAUGAAUAAGCAUGACCUGAAUGGGAGACCACUCAACAUUAAGGAGGACCCUGAUGGGGAGCAUGCCCGACGUGCACUGCAGCGCAUGGGAGGAGGUCAGCAGGGAGGUCGUGGACAGGACAUGGGGCCUAGUGGAAUGAACAUCCCACCCUCCAUUGCCAACAACCCAAACAUCCCACCUGAGGUUAUCCAUGCACUGCAGGCUGGACGGCUGGGCAACACAGUCUUUGUGGCUAACUUGGAUUUCAAGGUGGGCUGGAAGAAGUUAAAGGAGGUGUUCAGCAUGGCUGGUGCGGUGAAGCGGGCAGAUAUAAAGGAGGAUAAAGAUGGCAAGAGCCGAGGAAUGGGAACAGUGACCUUUGAGCAGCCACUGGAAGCUGUACAGGCCAUAUCCAUGUUCAAUGGACAGAUGCUCUUUGACAGACAGAUGCAUGUUAAAAUGGAUGAAAAGUCUCUUCCUCCUGAUGAUUUCCGUCAAGUAGACAAAUCACCUCAGUUACCACGAGGUCUGGGUGGUAUUGGCAUGGGUCUUGGGCCAGGAGGGCAGCCUAUAAAUGCAAACCGUCUAAGCGGAGGUGGUGGGAUGGGCUCCAUGGGACCUGGAGGAAUGGAUGUCUCAGGUUAUGGUGGAGUGAACAGACUUGGAGGAAUGGGUGGUGGUGGAAGCUUUGGUAGCAUGGAAAGCAUGGGCAGCAUGGGUGGCUUUGCUGGGAGAGACUUGGCACCAGCUGGCAGAAUGGGAGAAAUGUACCGGUCAGGAAUGACUGGAAUGGAUCGGGACUUUGGCCACAGUGACAUGCAAAUGAGUCGAGGUUUUGGGGAUUCUUUUGGAGGAAUGGGUGGAGGAUUUGGAGGAAGCAUGGGAGGUGGUGGCAUGGGACAUAUGGGAUCUGGAUUAGGUGGUGGGAUGGGGAAUAUGUCCAUGGACAGAAUGGGCUCCGGUUUUGACCGUUUAGGAAUGUCUGGAAUGGACAUGAACCGCAGCUUUGGUGGCUAUGGAGGUGGAGGAUCAGGCCACAUGGGUGGAGGCAUGUCUGAUAGAGGCUCUGGGUCCAAGGGCGGCUGUCAGAUAUUUGUGCGGAAUCUGUCCUAUGACCUGACAUGGCAAAAGCUGAAAGAGAAGUUCAGUCAUUGUGGUCAGGUAAUGUUUGCAGAAAUCAAAAUGGAAAAUGGAAAGUCAAAGGGAUGUGGAACGGUGAGAUUUGACUCUCCAGAGAGCGCUGAGAAGGCCUGCAGGAUGAUGAAUGGAACCAAGAUCAAUGGCCGGGAGGUGGACGUCCGCAUUGAUCGCAACGCCUAGAGCUUUUGUAGAAGAUGAAAUAACCCACUUACACAUUCAGCCCCCUUGCCAAUGAUCUUUUGUUUUGUUUUAAAAACACAAUUACUUCAUGUGUUCACUGAUUUCAUUUUUUUCUUUUUGUUUAUACAUACUACAUAGGUAUUUUAUCUUUGUUUUGUAAACCCUUUAUAAUUUGUCAGGCAGUUUAUUUGAACAAAUAAACUUUUUAAUUUUUAAA